GCGCUGAGUUUCAAAGCCCCAGCAGUGUUUUAGGAGUGGUAAAGCCAUCACGUAAGACAUGUUUGAAGAAGAUAGCUAGUAUCUAAAAGAUUCUCUCGCAUUGAUUACGCUUAAUUUCAAUGGAAUGAAUGCAUUUUUGUAUUGUCUGUGAUUGUGCACGAAAUUCAAAUUUUGUUUCACCAGCCGAACAUCACAAUGCCCGUUUUUCCAAUGGUCGUCAAAAUGAAAACUACCUCCUGUUGUCUGUUUCAAGCACACAAGCCUAUAAAGCUAUCGACCGGGUGAGCACUACUCCCGGGUGAAGAUUCCACGACGCGGCGCGGCCGUCACGUGGAAAUAAAUCCUACAUGCCGCAAAUUACGCGGCCCUUAUCAUGAACAAAAACGGCAACCGUUUUGUCUUCAAAUCUUUUCUUCCUUGCCUUUCCCGAAACAAUUUCUUACCGAGCAGUCCAACGAUGAAGUACCAGAAACAAUAACGGCAAGCAAUCCUGACCAGAAAGUGGCAGCGAUCACACCGAGCCCGGAAGCACGACGUAAUAGUUGCAGCAAUGUACAAGCGCACCGGCGUAUUUUUCUGUUUCCCUCGUGGCAGAGUGCUACUGCGGUCGGCAGUAGUCCUGCUUCAUUUUUUCCAAUUUCACCCGAAUUUUGCGGCCGCCGGAUCACCAGCUAGCCACGAAGUAGAGCAGCCCUCUGUUACUUCGACAGAGCAACAACUGCAGCGAUGCUUGCGUCGCAAGAACAGCGAUAUUAUCAUCCGGGGCCGGCACCACCGGUCGAGCUCGCGAAGUGGGCUGCAGAAUCCCCGCGCGGCAGGGCUGAACUGUGACAGCUUGCCGGGAAGCAGUGGACAGCAAGCCGAUCCCGCCGUGACCAUUGUGCGGCGGAGCCGCUCGACCGGCAAAAUCGGGUCUUUAUCACACUUAUCGAAAACGCCGACGACCCGCGGGGGCGCCGCGACGCCCUUCAGCGGCUCCAGCAGUGCGACGCCCUUCGGGUCCAGCACCGCAACGCCGAAGCAGCCGUAUUUUUUUGCGGCAAAUUUCGGCCCGGGGGUGCAGCCCUACUUCGUCCAGCGAACGGAGUCGUUACCGGAGGCGGCAACCGGAAGUGAAGAGGUGGAAAAUGAGGAAAAUCCGGUUUUGCAAAAGAGUGCGAGCUCCGGGUCACUGCAGAUGCGGGACCGCAGCAAGGACUCGUCGUGUGCAGUUGGACCAGGACCAGCAUCCUCUUUGAUGAAGGCCGCCGUUCGGGCGGCCAGCGAUCGUGCCGAAUCUUCGGAAAGCGCUUGCCUCAAAGACGUGGGUGGCGGUGAAGGAAGGCAUUCGGCGGAAGAUACCGGUACCGACGCGAUCAAGCAGAAGGCGCCCACUGGAGGUGUAGCAGCACCAUCUGUGCACGCCGGCACGAGCCCCGUCCCGACGGAUGUCCCCGCCUCCAGUCCGGCGAAUAGUACCGGUUCUUCUUCGACGGCGCCUCCGCGCGAGGAUCCGGUGUCGCGCGUUUCGUCCGCCGGGCGUGGUAGUAGUUCAUCCGAUAUGCAGCAGUCCAAAAGAGCGGAGCCGCAAGUUCGGGAAGUUUACGAUCCAAACGACAACAAUGAAAAUGCUAUGAUUCGCAAUUGCAUCGUGAAAACCGCUUCUCGCGGCAUUCAGGACCUGUUGGCGGCGCGCCGGGCGGAGUCGCCGUUGCCGAGCCUCCCCGGAGCCUCGUCUCCGGGCUCCUCAUCAGCGAUACCAGAACAGCACGAGGACAUCGAGGGAAGGGCCGAAGCAGAGCAACCAGGAGCGGAAGGUGAAACUCGAGUUACGAAAAAGCUUCUUCCCUCGGCCACUGCCGUCGCGACGCCCCCGUUUUCUCCAGUGAAGCCGACGAAGCCAUUUCAGGGCAAAUCGGCCUCUACCGCAUUUCUAAACGGAUUGACGCCGGCACCGACGCCCUCGACGGUGUGUCCCACACCGGAAAUACUGGAGCACCGUGACCCGACUAGCCUGGCGUCAAUAACACUCGCGGCCGUCUUUGCGCAGAAGUGCCGGGUUAGUGACUCAAAUAAAAACGGCGCAGAAUCAUCAGCCCCGCGAUCCAGGCCAUCUUCUCCGCACGCCAAGCACCACAAGCGACGAGGAUCCAAGCAGCGACUAGAGGAGGAAAGCGCAAGCUCUUCCGCACCGCUGCAAGACCAAGCGCACUUGCCGCCGCCAGACGGAGGACACAGACGCGACGGUACCAUCGCGGCGUCUGCGACGACAAGUAGCCAGGCAGCGGCUCCUUCCAAAGCGUCUGGAAUUUUUGUGUCCGAGCUGCAAUCUUCUAAGCUUCGCACCCCCCCGGGUGCUGCAAUUUUGACGUCGGGUGCUAGUUCUUUACCGUCCUUUGUUCACAACGGUACUGCCUCGCGCGCUGCGGGAUCACGCCCGGCGACGCCGACAAAAGCAGCGGGCAAAAGUAAGCCUGAACAAGAACUGGCUGCGCCGCCCGCGGUGCCGCCGCUAGACCUGAGCUCGGCAUCAAGGGCACAACCUGCACCCGUGGUGCCACCGCUGGACCUGACGUCGCGGCGGCCCUUGAUGAGCAAGGGGCUGACCGUUGAGACCAACGAAGACGCGGCGUCCUCGCCCGAAAUCGAGGACGAACAGGAGAUGAAGCGGUGGACAACUAUGGCCUCGACGCCAUCCGUCGUGUUUGGGCGACAGCUCAGCGACUGCACCACUGCAACCGCCUGCGGAACGCCACUCGAGAGUCCCGGGGACGGGGCCUUAUCUGCUUUCACGCCGCCCAUGCGGGUCGCGAAGCACCACCAAUCGCGGGCGACGCGGAUCGGGCAGCUGCUAAAUUCCCCCCAAGUGCAGCAGCAGCCGAAGUUGCGGCCAAGGAUCGUGAAGCUGCACGUCCACGUGAACGGAAGGUUGCGCUUCUCGUACGAGGAGCACGACGCCCUAAGCGAUGCGGAGAUCAUUGCGCGGGCGGAGGAGCGGCUGCUGGCCUCCUGGGGCUGGCAGGAAGUGAACCGCGAACAGUACAAGGACUACGUGCGUCUUGUGCGGGCUAGUACAACGCCGUCGGGGGAGCAAGAACAGUUGGAAGGGCCCCCUGCAUCGUCGUCCUCGUCGGCGGGGACAAAUAAGAAGGUGUUUGUAGACUACGCCGACAACACCGUGACGUUGCUGGAGCGCGACUCGGCGAAGAAAAUGCGUGUUUCGACCCCGGCGUCUGAGAGCCCCCCGGUGUCGCGCCGGCACUCGGAGAGGGAGCAGCAACUGCUGCGAAUCGACGAGAAUGCCAGCAGCACCUAUCCACAGAAAAAAACCCAUGCACAUCCAUUUUUUGCAUGACAAACACAGAAUUUUAUGCAUGUUUUGCAUGACAAAUUGGAUGCGAGAAGUAAGGAAAAGAUAAUAUUAGUGCCCGGGGAUGAAGAUAUACUCGCGAUACUUUUCGCGGUUCUGACCCUAGAUCUCCUGCGGCCGUAGCUGCUUGCGGCGACGGUGCAAAGGUUUUCGAUGUGGCGCAGUCGGGUAUGCAUGACAAAUUGGAUGCGGAUGGGUUUUUUUCUGUGGAUAGCACCGCGAUCGAUCGCCAAUCGUGGGUUUUAGAUUUGGAAUACCACGGCCCGGUUCCGGUUCGCGUUGCAAAGGCCUUCAGCAGUCGCGUUCCACGGGGAAACAGGCGGCUGAUCGAGCUCGGCCUGCAAAUGGCAGGCAACGAACGGCUGUGGGACGCGGGACUGCCGGCACCGAAGGGGGCGCCUUCGUAUUUAGCCAUAGUAGACCCGAGCUUUGGCGAAGUGGUCGAUUUUAUUCGCGUAGAGAAACAGGUGUGUUUUGUAUAUGUAGUUAUGCACAUGCCUCUUGUUGUCGCUGAUCCUCUGUAGCCUUGAAAGAACUGCUGCAAUAUAAUGUACCACAGAUUUCUCGAAGGCGAGGGUACCGCGUUUGGGUGGAGGAUGAGUCGCAUAUACGGCUGGGGGCUGAUCAAUACGAGGGAGGAUGGCGACCCAAGCGUGGCGCGAAAGAUUCACGAUUUUUUCCUGCGGCGCCGACGCGAUUGGCUGUCGCAGUCUGCCUUGACAGAGGCGACUCUGAAGGAUCGCAGCCUGCAUCCGUCGGUGCGGAUUUGGGAGUCGUCGACAGUGCUCGCGCUGCCCUCCUCCCGUCCCCACAGUCGCGAGCAGGACGUGGCUGCUUCCCACGACAAACUUGUUCCAGCUCCAAACACAACGGCAGACGAAGAGCACGAGCACCUUUCCGAGCUCCCGGCGAUCCCGAAGCGCAAGAGCCGCCGCAGCGCCACGGAGUCGACUUGCGCCUCCUCACUCGACGGGGCGCAGCAAGAAGCAGCAAGCACUGCGCCGGGGCAAGUGGCGACUCCGAAAAUGGCGGUCGGGCGAGCGGGGUCCAGCACGGAUUUAACGGCGGUUCCGGCGCAGCAUUCGUUCGGCGAAAAUCACUCCGCGGACGGCGCCUUACCCAAGGCUGUGCUGGACGCGAUUGCCGAACUCCGCUUGUUGCGCUUGGAGAGCCUGCACAGUGCCCUGGGGUCCCUAAACGACCUGCAGAUUGCGCGCGGCAACGACCCGGUUAUACUGGAGAGCGUGGUUUACUGGGCAGAGCUGGGAGACGCAGAGCGUCUGAAUGACCAGCUGUCCAAGAAGGAAAAGUCCAUGUGGAGAGGCCUGAAAUGGAAUGGGUUACGCUACUUCGACAAAGCAGCGGAGUUUCCCAUUGCCCCGACGUCCUUGCGUCAGCGGAUCUUGCAAUUCCUGGAGCAAGCAGCGGAUUGCGUCGAUGAUAGUCCGAAUAGCCGCCAGCUUUCUCCAAACACUGCCCGGCGCGCGUUGAGAAAGUUGGUUGGUUCUUCUGCAGCCCUAAUUGAAGGGGCCGACGAGGCGCGGCGAGCGGCCUAG